UUUCACCAAUUUAUAUUUCUACAGAAGUUGGCCAUGAAGAUUGUACUGACAUAGACAGAAUCCCUGAUCCUAUACCGCGUGGAGUAUUCAAGCCAGUCUGUUCAAGUGGCGAACCAUCGUACAUCACUGUGGACCUUGAAACUACAGACCUUAUUCGAGGAGAGGUGUAUCCUCAUAUAACACAGAUAGCCGCCAAACAUGUGAGCACAGAGAAGAGCUUCAGUUGCUAUGUGUUACCCAAACUACCGAUGAGUGCCUCUGCCGAACAAGUGACUAAAAUUGUUGUGACAAAUAGUAGUGAUAUGUUUGUAAAUGGUGUUCCUGUUGAAACUAAAACUAUUGAAUCAGCACUCAGAGAAUUGUUUAGCUGGCUGAAACAGUUCAGAAACGUGUUUCUAAUUGCACAUAAUGGAAAACGUUUUGACUUUCCUAUCAUUAUCAACGCCUGCUUAGCUACCGGAAUGUUUAGUGAACUUUGUGCAUGUGUGUUAGGAUUGGUAGACACUCUUCCAGUAUUUAAAUCCGUAUGUCCUAAAAGGGAGUCUUACAAACAGGAAGAUCUGGCCCGUACAUUGCUUUCCAAAGUGUAUAACGCUCAUAACGCUCUUGAUGAUGUCAAGUGUUUGUCAGAGCUGGUCAGUUACGCUGUGAACAUGAUGAGAAGUGUGUAGUAGUGAAGAGUUUUCCUCCUAGAGAUGUCAAACACAACAUGGAAUCCAACAUAGAGAAAAAGAAAAACAUGCCAUCUCUUUCUGUUCUGGUAGCAAAUGGUGUCAUGAAGUCGUCCACUGCCGACAAUGUGCUAGCUCGAGGUUAAAUUUCAAACAUUUACAUACAAUCUUUCUACGUAAGGGAGAAGAUGGACUGUACAAUGUAUUUACUAUGAGAAACAGUGAAGGGCUGCCAAGAGUGACAAAUUCUAAGAGGGUUUUGGAGGCUGUAAUUCCAAAAUUAGUGUCGUAUUUUGAAGGCAAAAAUUAGGUUUGUUCGUCAAUUCAAGGUCAAACAUGUACUAUGUCUUGAUUAAUUUUAUAAAUAAUUUGACACUAGUUCAAGUUAUUUAUCUUUCAAAGAAGUAUUGAAUCUUUCAGAAGAGUACUGUAUUUAUGAAUAAUGUAUGGCAAGCAAAAUAGAUACUUAUUUUGUGAAAAUAAUCAUGAAAGACAUUUCGAGCAUUCUUUUUCAUGAAAAAAUUGUUAUCGUAAUUUUAGGGGAUACCUUUUUGCUUGGACUUAUUUAAUAAAAAUAGAUGGUAAAAGUUUUUGAUUUUCAUAUAUCUUAUUGCCUACACUUUGAGGAAAAUUUUAAUACCAAAAUUACAUUAUUACAUACCUUUGAAUGUAUAAAUUUUGAACUUUGAAACAAAUAGUUGAAAAAAAUUUCAUCCCACAAGUCGUCAGUUUUAGCCCAUAUCGCUAUAUAUUUUUGCUUAUAUUUUAUGAAAGCCUUGUUUACUAUACAUGGAUUGUUGUUUUUUGGUACAAUAUAUAUAUAGAGGAAUAGAAUACCUGCUAGAAA